GGAAGGAAGCGACUGGCCUGUGGGCGGAAUAGGAAGUGGCUCUUGGUCGGCGAGGAGGGAUGGCGGCCCUGGAGCGGGUGAAAGUGCUGGUGCUGGGCGACUCCGGUGUGGGGAAGUCAUCACUUGUUCACUUAUUGUGUCACAAUCAAAUGUUGGGAAAUCCCUCUUGGACUGUAGGUUGCUCCGUUGAUGUUCGGAUUCAUGACUACAAGGAAGGAACCCCAGAAGAAAAAAUGUAUUACAUUGAACUAUGGGAUGUUGGGGGCUCAGUGGGCAGUGCCAGCAGCGUGAAAAGCACACGUGUUAUGUUCUACAAUGCAGUUAAUGGCAUCAUUUUAGUGCAUGACCUAACCAACAAGAAGUCCUCCCAGAACUUGUAUAGAUGGUCUUUGGAAGUUCUCAACCGGGAUGCGGCUCCAUCUGGCGUCUUAGUGACAAAUGGGGACUAUGAUCGUGAACAGUUUGCGGAUAACCAGAUUCCACUGCUUGUCAUUGGGACCAAACUGGACCAGAUCCCAGAGAUGAAACGCAGUGAUGUCUUGACCAGAACUGCUUUUCUUGCAGAAGAUUUUGGUGCAGAAGAAAUUAAUCUUGAUUGCACCAGUCCUCGCUACCUUGGUGCUGGCUCCUCCAAUGCUGUCAAACUGAGUAGAUUCUUCGAUAAGGUUAUAGAGAAGAGAUACUACUUAAGAGAUGGUAAUCAGACUCCCAGCUUCUCAGAGAGAAAGAGGGUUGGCGGUGGCUUUGUCAAAAAUCUCCACUAUGACUGACCAUUUCUGAUCGAAAAGCAACGAGAAAUCACCUUCCUUUAUUGCAGUGUUCCUGUUCUGCUGAUCAGGAUAAACCAACAAUGGACACUUGGAAUACAGACGUGUUGGAAUGUAUACAGGAGCACAUCUUUCUAGGUUUCUUUGGCAAGACUCUUUUGGAAACUGCAGAAUUAUUUAAUUAUGUUUUGAAUAUCACUUUGGGAUGCACUGUCUCAUCGCAACAUACAUUUUAAAGAUCUAUAAACCCAUAAUGUGGCCCCUCACAUAAUAGGGAUGCUGAAGGGGUCUCCAAAAAUAAUUCAGAAUUCGAAGACACACAAUUAAUUGAAAUAACAGCACUUCAGUUUGUCAAACAUUCCAGCAGGUCCUGUGUCAUUGUUUGAAAUCGAUUUCCAUGUAACCUCUGGUUGUAAAUAUUUGUGAACAAGAAAGGAAUGGGUAGGGGAAAUUGUAAAUAAAGGCCACUGGUCACAUUGAA